AUGCCGAAAUUCAAAGAGUCGCUCACGGCGUUGAUCGGCGAUUUCGCAAAUAUGAAUCGGACUCCGGACUUUAAGGCAAAAUCCGAGAGUAAAGACGCGGAGAGUGUUGAUGGAGAAAAGGAAAAAGAGAGAAAACACCAAGGAGGAAGGAGACAUUCAUUGAAUAUCACUGUUGGAGCGGAAGAGUUACCACAAAUCCCGAAAAGAAAUCGUUCCGAAUCAAUUGCUGUCGGUUCUUCUCAACUUCCACCACAAUCAAGAGGUCGACGUUCUUCUGCUCCUUGUGUUUCAUCGAGUGUCGCCUCAAGUCAACUUCGGCAAAAAAUCAAGAAAAUGCGCUCAAAAGAUGAUUGUUUUGCGGAGCAAAGUAAAAUCGAAGAAGAAGACGAUGAAACGAUAACUGAAGCUGAAGAAAAGGCAAUCUUUACGAAAUUGGCGGCACAAAAUGAGCGUCGACCAUCUUCAUAUCUCCUC